GUGAAGAUCUUCCAAGAGUUGAUGGACACAGAAGAGGGCUUCUUAACGACUCAGUGGAAUCAAAUUCAUCGAAACCUGUCCCCAAAAUCGUCGUGGGCUCCAAAGCGCCGUGUGGCAGGUACCCGUACAUGAUUUCUCUGCGAGACGAGGACGCCAUACACCGCUGCGGGGCUGUGCUGAUCGAUGAGAACUGGGCGCUGACUGCGGCGCAUUGUCUAGACGCAGAUACCACACUUGCGACUAGCCAAAUUCUCUACAUCGGCGGCUGCAAUCUGAAUGACGACGUGGUAUCCGGGGAAAUAGAGGUAACCAGGCCCCAAGGCGUGUUCCCGCACCCCAGCUGGAUGGGCCAACUCCAGCAAGGCAACGACAUUGCCCUCCUGUGGCUGGCACACGCCUCCACCCAUCAGCCCAUCGCCCUGCCGAGCGCCUUCCUGGAAGUCGGCAAGGGCGAAAUUCUCGUCGCACUGGGAUGGGGCGCCGACGGCAAUGGGAUCGGCGACGGAAACCUGCAGGAGGCGGACCGUCUGGCAGCCAUAAGCAAUGCGGCGUGUGCAGCGCCAAGCUUGUGGGGAGAUGUCAUCAAGGAUUCAAUGCUAUGCGCGUUCGGCUUCAUCAACGGACAGGACACCUGCAAAGGCGACAGUGGUGGCCCAUUGUUGAGAGCCUUCAGUCCCCGAGGCAACACCGCUGAGGGAAUUCCAAAAGGCGACAUUCUACUGGGCCUUACGUCAUUUGGUGACAAAGAAUCGAAAUGUGGCGAAUCGGACAAGCCAGGUGUCUACACGAGGGUCAGCUACCACCGCAGAUGGAUCGACACAGUGAUUGAGAGCGAGGGCCAGUAUGACGAGGUGCCAAAAGUGGAAAAGAGAGUUGCAUGCGGUGCUAGCAGGGAACUAUGUGGCAUAUCAUACAGCCUCCAACCAUGCUUAAACUGUGUUGAGUAA